GGCGCAGCUCGGGCCGGGCGCUGCCGUAAAGCGGCGCGGCGGCGGUUCCGGGAGCGGCGGUAACAAAAACCAAACAAACCAAAAAGAUCACACAAGGACAGAGUUCACUGAAAUGUGAGAAUGGCCAAUUCUUUAAGAGGUGAAGUGAUAAAACUGUACAAAAAUCUGCUGUACCUUGGAAGGGAGUAUCCCAAAGGAGCAGACUACUUCAGAAGCCGUUUGAAAGCAGCUUUUCUAAAAAACAAAGAUGAGACAGACCCUGCAAAAAUUAAGCAGCUGAUUGCCCGGGGAGAGUUUGUUAUAAAGGAGCUGGAGGCUUUGUACUUCCUGAGGAAAUACCGAGCCAUGAAGAAGCGCUACUACAGUGACGACAAGCCCUGACUGUGCUGCCUGUAACCACACACAUCCAGGAAAGGUAACAAUAAAAGAGCUCUAACUGCAAA